AUGGAUGAUACUAGCUUCGUUGCUCUAUCUGUUCACCUGCGUCGACGCAUAGAUAAUGCAUUCGAUAGAGCUGCUGGAAACACCUCAAGAUCAUCAAACCCGCCUCGAAAUAAAUGUAAACUUGACUCAGCUCAGUCCGGUGGAUUCGUCUCUGCGGAAGAUAUGCCACCAGGAGGAUUCUUAAUAGAGGACGCAGGAGGUUUUUUACUUGGCAAAUACGAAGACCGCACUCCAUCCUCGUCUCCGGACCCUAUCUCCAUAUCACUUUCAUGUAUCCCAGCUGCACUUCAACUUCUUGGACUUCCUUCAGAUGACGAAGAGGUUCUUUCUGUGUUUCGAAAUGCUGCGUCAGGCUGGGGAGCAAGCUUGGAGGGAUCGAGCGAAGUGAGCCGGAAGGAUUGGCGAUCUGUGUGUGCUGCCCUUCUAGAAGGAGGAGACGAAGAAGGGAGUGACAAUGGCGGGCCUUCUGCUGUAUGCAGUGACCAGGAGGACAAUAGUAGCCCGGAAAGUGAUGAAUAUCGCAUGUCCGUCGAUGAGGAUAUGAGUGAACCAGAAGUAUCUGACGAGGAAUAUCAAGAUGAUAAGCCUGCCGCUGUUUCCAGAUCGCGCAAACCCCAAAAGGCAUCCAAGUCGUUGCCCACCGACGCGGUGCUUGACGCUAGUCAAUUGAGCGCGAAACAAAAGGCUGAAUGUCGGGAGGAUUUCGCGAGGUUCUUCGCUGAUGUGCCUGAUGCUGAGCUGGACCGUCAGAAAAUCAUGAUCAAGGACGUUACGCGCGUUGCUAAUCUGCUCAAGGAGAAGAUAAAGGCUGAGGAAAUUAUUGCAAUGCUGGAGGUGUUCUCUACUUCAGCAGAUAAAUCCAUGAAUCUUCAAGACUUUGAAAGAAUGAUGAUAGCAACAAAACUCAUAAGGUAUGGGCAAUAA